AUGACUGGUAACAACCCCCGAACCCUUUCUUUUGUUACAUCUCUCUCAUUUCAAUCUGUUAUACCUUUUCAUCUUCUUUAUAGCCAACUCGCUAUAUUCAAUCGAUCUGGUACUUCACUUAGCAGUCGCACCGGUGAAACCGAAACAUGA